UAUAUCGUUUUCAUCAGUUUCGGCCACUUUCUGGAGUUUUGGUUUUCGACUUUCAAGAACUUUUUGGGCUAUGAUUUCUUGAGGUUUUGUAAAUGUAUUAUUUUAGCAGAGAGGAAACCUAUAGAAUAGUUUCACAGUAACGAAAAGCUGGUUUUACAGCGGUAGGAAGGUGGUGCUUGCCAUUAACAGUGGUUUAUAUCACAGUGCUUUGAAUCAGAAACAAAGUGGAUCGGAAUCCCGAACACAUUCUGUCUGGAUCUUAUGUAGUCUGUCAUCAUGGAGAAUUCCUCGCGGAUUGUACGGAUUAAUGAACAGCCCGUACAUCCGCGGAAUUCUUUUAUACCCGCUAACCGACGCCGAUACGGCCCGGGUAAUCGCUUUCAGAACAGACAUUCCUCGCAAUCUCACAAUGGAUUCCCCUCUAAUCGACCUCCACCGGCCAACAGCUACAGAAAAGAGGACGAUAGUGAUAAAGACCGGAAAGAACAAGAAGAUGAGAAAAAAAUUAAUGCACAUGUAAAUACGGAUCACGGAGAAGCGCGAACUGGUAGUGACGCGGCCGACGGGGAAAUUCCGAAUGAAGAAGUGAAGAUCCACAGCGAAGAACCAGUCCAAACAGCAGAGAAACCAAAGGUUAAUCUGGUGAACAAAUUCAGAGUGGAAGGCAUCAGCUAUGCCGCCAUGAUAAAGGGUGCUGCAAAGUCACCUCCACUGCGCGUUAGCAGUAAUAAGGAGGAUCAAUUUCCUUCACUGUCUACCACUUUUCAAAGUAAUGGAGUGAAACACGAUCCAGCAUCAUUAUCUCCGCCUAAGCUACAGCCACCUGUUGCCAAGUCAGUGUCGUCGUCUGCUGAUGCGCUUAAAAAACCUACUUCCGGGAACUCGGAUGAAAAUGCCUCGGAUAUGACAUCUCAAAUGGCUGUCCCACAGGAAGAGACAAUUGUAGAGCAAAAGACGAUUGCAGCUGAACAACCUGAGGCAUCUCCUAGUCGAGCAGCGUCGAAGGAUACAGGCAAGGAUAGCGAUGUGGUUUCCGGUGAUACGGAAACAGUCGCGGCAGAUACUGAAAGCAGCUCGGACCAAAAUGCUCAAACUGUGCCUACGGACGAUUCUCAAAAGACUAUUGUUGUUCCGGAUGUGAUACCGACGAGGCGACUUGCACCGCCUCCUAGUCGUCCGGCUUGGACCGGAAAGCUUCCGGCUUCCAUAACAGCGAAGCCUGUUUCCAGUUCAGUUGUUGUGCCCAUCUCGCAGCCGCAACCUCAGUCCACACCCUCAGAUACAUCUUCAGAAACCUUUGCUCAAAUUUGUCCUCCCGAAAGCGCAAUGCAGUCUGACCUUCAUCAAAAUGUCUCACAAACCGUACCGUCUACAGAAGACGUGAUCACCGAGAAGAAAAGCAGUACCCCCUCUCCGGAAUCUUUGUCGAACAGCGAGCACAUUUCUAAGCCUAAAAUGAACGGUUAUUCUUAUAAUGCUGCCUAUCGACCCCAGCAAGGCGAAGGUCCGCGCGGCACGAAUCGUGCCUUUUAUGGUAAUGAGUAUGACUUUGGUGGUUCCGCUGGCGCGGCCGACCGACGGGAUUACUGGACGUAUGGUGCAGAACACAGUCAUGUUAGUCAAGGAAACUCGUACAGAAGAAGAGGCCAAUUUGUUGACAGCAGUUCUGCGCUGCUAGGGAUGGAGCAUCAGCUGCCUAAUCAUCCCCCAAAUGUUGCGCAGUACUAUCAACCUGUUACCGAAAUUUGUACCCGAAAUGGUCCUUUGCUGGUGAACACGUUGGUGUGUCCGGUUUAUGAAGGCGACAGUGGGCAGCGUUUGCGCUCUCCAGCGACGCCUUUGGCUGGUGCAGCUUUAUAUGUGAUCAAGUCUUUCUAUUUCCCUACCCAGCUAACUGGGGUCGUGUUGGGGAAGAAUGGGACAGCGAUCCGGGAAGCACAGCAACAGUUCAGUUGCCAGAUUUGGAUAGAUGAAGCGGACGAACCGCGCUGGCCGGGGCAGUCGUUGUUGCAUUUCUACGGUUUUGGGCAAUGUGUUGAUGGAGCUGUCGAGAAAAUUCGAUUACGUUUAGAAAAAUGUGGUGGAGAGAUGCAGGCUAUUGCCGGGGUUCAGUCUGUGGACUUUUUGCGACCGUACAUUCCUAGACUGGAAUUGGCGCUGGGAGUGACACUGCACGUUUUUGUGGCACAUGUGGAGAAGAACGGGGUUGUUUUCCUCCAAAUGCCCGGUAAUCCGUCAUUUUUGAGGUUAUUGGACUUGGAAAAACGUUUGACGGCACACUGUUCGGAUCAAACGUUAGCACCGUGUAUUGAUCCGCGUUCCAGUCCGCUGUUACCAGGAUGUUUAGUGGCAGCGCCGACUUAUGGCUUGGUCAGUGAGGCCAUUUCCGCUUCGCCCUCAGAACUGAUUUCUGGUGCUGACUCUUGUGAUAAUAGCAGUUCAGUGCGCUGGUUGCGCUCUGUGGUGAUAGCGCCUGCUAAUGCUGAAGGACGUCUUAGUUUGCGUUCCCUGGAUCACGGUUUCACCUUUACUACAAACUGUAACAACGUCAAAGUUUUGCCGAUGCAGUUCUGUGGAACACCUUGUCAAGCCAUCGAAUGUCGGGUUGUCCAUGGAAAAUACUAUGAAGAUCGAGCUAUUGCGGAGCAAGUCAGUCGAAGUGUCAGCAAUAAUGUGUUGCGACAAUGGGUCAAAGUGCGUCAAGUUAGUACGAUUAUGGAUUUUGAUUUGUUGUUGGGGAUGCAGUCAGAGGGGACAGAGGUGGCGGUUCCGGUUGUGGAGAUGUGGAUUGCACGAUGAACUACUUACUAUCAAUUUUGGCUUUACGGUUCUUCGCAAUUUGAUAUCUGCCGCUGGUUACGUUGGAUUUGAAUUGUCGUCGUUUCAGAGAGAUUCUUGUCUUGUUAUUAACUUCUGGACUGAAUCACUAGCAAGUGCCUUUUAACAAGAAGUCUUUAGAUAUAGGUCAACGUUAAUUGCUUAGUGAGAGAUUUUGGGUUGUAUGUUCGCUGCUGUCUUUUCAUUCUUUGGUACAGUUUUACUAAAUGCUUUAUUUCCAUGAUUUUACAUUAUAAUAAUGUUUUUUAUUGCUUUUUGUUUCUGUAAAAGUUCACACAAGUGAUGUUAAUAAAAUUCUUUCGUAGUGCAGGGA